AUGCAGCAGCAGGGUGCACGUCUUUGCGAGGGGGCCGCGGUGCAGGGGCCUCCAGGAGGGAGGCAGGCGGUGCACGCCGCUGCGCCCGGGGGCAGCACAGACGGGCAGCGGGGCCUGGGGACAGGACUGCUGCGUCACUUGCGGUGUCUUUUGUUGCACAGUGUUGACAAAGCCUGGAAGGAGCUAAGUAACAUCCUCUCAGGGAUAUUCUGUGCUUCUCUGAACUUCAUCGACUCCACCAACACUGUCACUCCAACAGCGUCCUUCAAGCCCCUGGGCUUGGCCAAUGGGACGGAUCACCAGCUGCUGCGCUAUGCCGUCCUGCCCCGGGAGGUUGUCUGCACGGAAAACCUUACGCCGUGGAAGAAGCUGCUACCAUGUGGCUCUAAGGCAGGUCUUGCCGUGCUGCUCAAGGCUGAGCGCUUGUUCCACAGCAGCUACCACUCGCAGGCCGUGCACAUCCGCCCCAUCUGCAGGGAUGCCUCCUGCCGGGCGGUUUCCUGGGAGCUCAGGCAGACUCUCACUGUGGUCUAUGAGAGCUUUUACAGCGGCCAAGGAAAGAAAGACUGGUCCCUCUUUAAGAUGUUCUCCCGCACCAUCACCGAGGCAUGUCCUCUGGCAUCGCAGAGCAAGAUCUACGUUGACAUCUCUGCUAAGGACAAGGAAAAGGAGUUGCUGGAAGUGACCCCUUCUCCGACAUCUCUACAUGAAGCGAUUGUCCAGGGAGAGAAGAGAACCUAUGCAGUCUAUGACCUGCUGAGUCCCUCACUCUUCAAUACAUCUCGCAGCCUCAACGUGCAGCUGAAGUGGAAACAGCCCCAGGACAGCUUGGAGCUGUCGACACCCAUACUCCACGCUCACCGCUACGUGAGCGGAUACGGCCUGCAGACCGGCAAAAUCAGCACUCUUAUCUACAACACUCACCCGUACCGGGCUUUCCCCGUGAUCCUGCUGGAGACUGUGCCGUGGUAUCUGCGCCUCUACGUGCACACUCUGACCAUCAUCACUAAGGGCAAAGAGAACAAGCCGAGCUAUAUCCACUACCAGCCGGCUCAGGACCGCAGACAGCCUCACCUAUUGGAAAUGCUGAUCCAGCUUCCAGCCAACUCCGUCACCAAGAUCACAAUCCAGUUUGAGCGGGCCUUGCUGAAGUGGACCGAGUACCCGCCUGAUCCUAAUCAUGGCUUUUACGUGAGCUCAUCCGUACUGAGCGCCCUGGUGCCCAGUGUCAUUGCAACAAAGGAGGUGGAUAUGGAGCAGAGUCCUCUCUUCACCUCGCUGUUUCCAUCCUCUGAUGGCUCCAGCUACUUCAUGCGCCUCUACACAGAGCCGCUGCUCGUGAACCUGCCAACGCCGGACUUCAGCAUGCCCUAUAACGUCAUCUGCCUGACCUGCACCGUGGUGGCUGUGUGCUACGGCUCCUUCUACAACCUGCUGACCAGGACGCUGCACGUGGAGGAACCGAGCAAGGGGGGGCUGGCCAAGCGGCUGGCCAACCUCAUCCGCAAGAUCAGGGGGGUGCCACCCCUCUGAGAGCCUGGCG